UCAUCAAUGGAACUUUGUCUAGAGUUGUGAUGACAUCAUCAUCAUACCAGGUUAUAAAAGGACUUGUCUCUCAGUAUUCCAGUCAGUAGUAUCUGAAAGAGAGAGGUCUAUUGAUUAUAGAGAGAUGAUAGAAUCUGACUACAGUGAGGAUGAAGCGCCCUUUAUUAUUGCGCAUAGAGUUCUAGAGAAGAUUAGAAAGAAGUACAUGGGGUGUCUUGAACAAUUGCGUGCACCACCCAAUAGAUUGCCACCAUCAAGGCAGAGUGUACCAUGUGAUGUUCAAGCCCCACAGGUUGUCGUGGAACAGGAGGCUGUUGAGCCUCCAAAACCAUCAAAAGCGGACACUCAGGCUGCUCGUGAGAGGGAGGACUGCUGGUCCACAUUAUCAUUCGAGGAAAUCUGUGGAACCGAGGUUGACAGGAUGCUCACCCUUCUCUGCGGCGAAACGGAUGAUGGGCCCUUUCUUGUCGCUCAUGCUGUCAUAGAGAGCAUUAGAACGAGGCACAAGGAGCGUCUUGAACAAUUGAGCAUCUUGGCCAACGUUUCAACCAGCACUCUCGAGAAGAAGCCUGUUCAACAACCUGGACCAUCCCUUAAAUUGCCUCCGUUCAAGGAGAGUGCGCCACGCAAAGUUCAAGCCCCAAAGGUUGUGGUGAAACAGGAGGCUGUUAAGUUUCCUGUCCUCCACACCCCCGUCCCACCACCAAAACCUGCUGCAGACAAAACCAGCAGCACAUUCCACAGACUGAAGGUGAAAGUUCCGUCUCCUUGUGGGGACGGGAAAUUUGGGCCCUCAAGACCCUUCCCUACCCAGCCAGCGGAGGAGGAGGAGAAACAAUCGGCCUACUACACCUCACCAGGUAGCAAGAUACCUCGCCUAGAUAGGCAGAAACAGCAGAGGCCAGUGGAGGCAGAGGUGGCUGCCUGCAAGAAACGGGAUGCUGAGAAGCAGCACAAAGGAGGCCAACCACUGGAGCUACCAGCUCUGAUCAGCGAGGAGCCCCUCGACAAGCCCAAGAAGAAACUCAGCAAGGCAUUUAGUCUGCUGCAGGAUGAGGACUGGGAAAAAAAGAUAGAGGGACUACGGCUGAUACGAGCUCUCGCAGAACACCAUUCUGAGGUUCUGCUGCCAGAGCUGCGUGUUGUUUGUUUAGCCGUCACCGACGAGGUGAAGAACUUGCGCUCGGUGGUCUCUCGGGCCGCCAUGUCCACCCUGGCCCAUCUCUUUACUCACCUGCAGAAGAACAUGGACAAAGAGUUGGGCAUUGCAGCUUCCGCGCUCCUGCACAGAUCUUGGGAGUCCAGCCUAUUUAUUAAGCAGGCAGUGGAGCUAGCUCUCAGCUACAUGGUGCAACACUGUUCACCUGGCCAAGUCCUGAAAGCUCUGCUGGCUGGAGGAUUUAGCCACAAAAACAGAGCCGUGAGGAUCAGCGCUUCUUUACAUCUGAAGAAACUGGUCCAGGUAAUGGGAGCAUCGAGUGUGCUGACUGGCAGGAAAGAGUUCACCAACAGUAUUCUGCCUGCUCUCACCAAACUGGCUUUUGACCCCGACCAGGAUGUGAGGCUCUAUGCCCAGAACGCCUUAAAAAUUCUGGCAAGUCACAAAGUCGGUGUGAGGAUGAUACACGAAUUUGCAUCACCCAGAGAUCGGCUAUCGAUAGACAAAACGCUUUUGAUCUAAUCAAUGAGGCUGAGGACACAAAUGGAGACUGGACAGGGGACCUGAAGAACAACCGGACAGGGGACGCGACAAAGAACUGAACAUUAGACGUGAACAAGGACAUGGACUGGACAAGACUGCGUAGCAGCUCCUGAUGCAGUAGUAGCUGGCAUGCACACAGCUCCUUUCGCCGUGGCAGCUACUGUGCACACAGCUCCUGAGUUUUAAAAAUUUGGGUAAUUCGGAUUAUUUUGUCCACAGAAAUGAAUGUGGGCCGAGGAAGAGGCUGGAGGCAACAAUAACUCUCUUUAUAAAGAUAUUUUUUUCUUUGAAUUUAAUAAAGUUUUCUCUCUUAACAUUAUGAAUUUAGCUUGUUGUGUUUUUAUUGUCACCACUUAUUGUAGUAUCACAUCUCAACUAGUGGGUAUGGGUAAAUUUCACAUUUAU